AAUACUUGUAAGAAGUCUUUGCGCAUGCGUAUUAGAAAUUCGCCAGGCUGGACGUUUAUAUAUUUCUAAAAUUUCUAUAUAUUUAAACGUUUCUGACUGAAUUACUAGACCUAGACCUACUUCACACAAUGGCUGGAGGUGAAUUUGGGAAUCCCUUACGGAAAUUCAAGCUUGUCUUUCUGGGAGAGCAAAGCGUUGGGAAGACAUCUUUAAUAACAAGGUUCAUGUAUGAUAGUUUCGAUAGUACAUAUCAAGCCACAAUUGGAAUAGAUUUCUUGUCGAAAACUAUGUAUUUAGAAGAUCGAACAAUAAGGCUACAACUGUGGGAUACAGCCGGUCAGGAAAGGUUUAGAAGUUUAAUACCUAGUUAUAUAAGAGACUCUUCGGUAGCUGUAGUAGUCUACGAUAUCACCAACGCAACUUCCUUUCAACAAACUUCUAAAUGGAUCGAUGAUGUAAGGACUGAGCGAGGAAGUGAUGUCAUAAUAAUGCUAGUUGGGAAUAAAACUGACCUUACCGAUAAACGGCAAGUUUCAGCUGAAGAAGGUGAGAGAAAGGCUAAAGAGCUAAAUGUUAUGUUCAUUGAAACUAGCGCAAAAGCUGGCUAUAAUGUUAAACAGCUAUUUAGGCGUGUCGCAGGCGCUCUUCCUGGGAUGGAGUCUAACGAACAGCAGCCUAAUGAUGGAACACUUCCAAGAGCAUGCUUGCAUAAUUUGCUAGUUAGAGACGUGCAUUUACACGAUGAACCGAUUGAACCUAAGGAAAAAGAAGGUGGUUGUGCUUGCUGA